AUGCCUCGCCGCCUCCACCUUCCUCGUCAUACAGCACCUCGAGCGCAGAUGCGCUUUGUGGGGCUCAAGUUCCUGGAGCUGGCGCCGCAGGCGCACCACGCUUUGGCAGAAGUGGUCCUGGCAGCUAUGGCGGGAAUCCUCCAGGAGGUGGCAGCGCCUACACUCGGCGCUGAGAGGGGCAGGGGCGAAGUCAUCCAGCCCAGAGGCACCGAUCCAUUUCUCUUCACAACGCGGGACUUUCUGAACGACCGGAACACUGUGCGAGGCAUUGUGAAGGCAGGGACACUGAUCCAGCAGAACAAGGUGCAGGAAGCUCAGGCUUGGUACUCGCUGAUCUCUGACCUGGGCCCGGACCCCAUCAUUUCGGGUGCGCUGGUGCGCGCAUGGGCAGAGGCUGGGGACAUCCAGCGCGCUCUGAGCUGCUGGGAGGAUGCAGCCUUUGAGUGCCUGGAGGGCGCGGAGGCGUUGCUGUACGGCUGGGGAAGGCUCGCAGACAACCAAGCUGCGGAGAGCUUUGUGUUGGAACACCUCACAAGGUGCUCGGCGCCCGCCCUGGCGGGGUUCUUGCUCGGCUGCGGGGAGCAGGGCCACAUCCAGAGCGCCAGGAGCUGGUUGGUCUUCCUGGAGCAGAUUGGCCGCCCGCCCACAGGCGCUUCCUAUGUGCAGUUCCUGUGGGGCUGCGUUUCAGGCUCACAACCUGCCUUGGCAGUCGCCUGGUGGCAAGAUAUGGAGCAGCGCAACCUGCCGCGCGCCCGUGAGCACUACGAGGCGAUGAUCCAAGUCCAUGCCGGCGUCCAAGAUUGGGAAGCGACUCAGCAGUGGUUCGAGCGCCUCUGUGACAAGGGCCUCCUCCCCGAGGAAAGCACCUACACGGCGAUGAUCCAGGCGUGCCCCAGCGCAGACCUGGGCGAAGAGCUGCUGCAUCGGAUGCGCGCAGACUACAUGGAGCCGGGCGCCCGCGCCUACACUGCCAUCAUCUCCGUGUGCAAGCUGCCAGAUGCAGCGGUCUCCUGGCUUCGCGAAGCGCAAAGCCUGGGACAUGCGGGGCUGGACACCUUCACUGCUGCUGCUGCUGCGUUGGUGAGAGCACGGCGCCAUGAGGAGGCGCAGCAGCUGCUGGAGGAGUCCUGGCGUCUCAGCAUGCCGCCAACUGCCAUCACCUACAACACGCUGCUGUCGAGUUGUAGAAAGACUGGUGACAAUGACAGCAUAGCUUUCUGGCUGUCAAAGCGGAAGGAAGCAGAUCUGCCUCCUGAUCUGGUAACCUUCAACAACAUGGUGGACAUCCAUGCGCGCAAGGGCCAGGUGGUCGAAGCGGUGAAGUGGCUCGAGAGGCUCAAGGAAGCAGGGUUUUCUCCGAACGAGCGCUCCUACUCGCCAGUGGUGCUCGCCUUUGCUCGCAAAGGAGACACCCAGGGCGCGGGGAUGUGGUGCAGGCGAAUGCUGCAAGAUGAUGUCUUUCCAAACGCUGUGGCGUUUGCGGCUUUGAUUGACGCGUUUGUGGUCCAGCGUGACGCCAAAGGUGCGGACACGCUGCUAUCUAGGUUAAUGAAGCAAAGCCCGGACCGUUUGGAUGCUCGGAGUGUGAACGACGUGGUGCGGCUGUGCAGCCGCCAAGGCGAGCAUCAGCUGGCCCUGAAGUGGUUUGAGCGGGUCUGGCGCCGGAGCCAUUGCACCGGCGCGGACGCCUCAGCGGCGGUGUGCAGCUACGCCGCAGUUGGACAAGCGGCCAAAGCAGCCGAAGUCGUGAGGAUUAUGGAAGAGGAAGGGCUGGCAGUGAAGGUCCGGGCCUUCUCGAACCUGGCAAAGGCUUGGGCUGCCAGCGGCAGGAUCGUUCUGGCAGUGUCCACCAUCAGCAAGAUGUACAAAGCAGGCCACAGGUGCGCGGCGCAGACCUGGGCCACUGUGCUGGCGGCCGCGUCGAGGCGUGGCGAGGCGGAGCUUCUUCUCUUCAGCCUGGCCCACCAUGGGGAAAGCAUCCCAGGCCGGCCGGCCUGGGAAGCACUCUGCUCGACCUUGGGCCGGAACCGCUUGGAGCGAAGGCGCAAGAAGCUGCUACUCACCGUGGGUCGUUUGCCUGUGGACAUUGAGGAUGAGGAGCAGCCGCAAAAGACGCCCUGGGCGGAGCUGGAAGAGUGGGCAGCUGGCAGGGCCACCUUAGGCUUUGUCAUGGAGGAGGAGGAGGAGGAGGAGGAGGAGGAGGAGGAGGAGGAGACGCUGCAGGCAAAGGUGCGCAGUCUGGAGCAGCGCGAGCUGCGGAGGAUUCGCCAAGGUGCCAUUCUGCAGCGAAAGCUGGAGGAUGCUGAAGCUCGGCGCCGGGAAUUACUGGGAGAGGCGCAGGAGGCCCUCCAGGAGCGCAGGAAGCAAGAAGCGAAGCGGGAGCGCCAGGCAGUCCAAGAACUGGAGCAGGAGCUGCACAAGCGGCUGGAAGACUUGCAGAGCAAAGAACGGCGCUUGGAGCAGGACUUGCGCGUGGAGCAGAAGAAGAGGAAGACCCUGGAAGCUGAGGUACACUACUGGAAGAGUUGCGGGCAAAUCUUGCUGCGACGAGAUCAAGCUGGAGGGAAAGACCUGGCGAGCGGUCAGGACACCAAGGCCACGGAAAUGCAGGCAAUGGAGCUGCAAGCGGCGGAGCUGCGCAGUCGCAUCAAGGAGGUGGAGCGCAUCAGCGCUUUGGGGCGCGCCCAGGAGGUGGACCUCGCGGCCAGGAGCCAAACUUUGGCGCACAGCUUAGGCCUGGCGGAGUCCGCGGCGAAGGCGUCCAAGGUGAAGGUUGCCGCCCUAAGAGCUGAGCUGCUGCAGGUGGAAAGUUCAAAGCCAUGCCCAAGUCUAGAGGAGGUGGAAGAGGGCCUGGGCGAGGAAGAAGUGGAUUACUGGAGGAGAAAGGUGGAGGAGAAAACUUUGGAGGUGGAACGCCUGGGUCACGAGCGGGUCCGACUGAAGACGGCCUUGCAAUCCAACCACCAGGAUGUCGCAGAGUUCCUCUCAACAAGGAGCUGCGGCACGCUGGACGAGAUGAUCUCCUGGUUCACUACAUCUCUCUUCAAGUCCGCUCUGAUGCGCCGCGCCUUUUGCGCGCACCUGGUGCUUCUGUACGGCUGGAUCGCUUUUCUUCUUGGAUGGAUUUCUUCUAGGUCACAUUAG